UCCCAAUAUUUGUUUCGCCCAAACUGUCCUCCCGUUCACAAUUUAGUCGCACCACCGUAUCUCACAUACCAAGUCCAGGAAAGAGUCUGUCCAGCUUCAAGAUGCCAGAAAUUCGAUCAGCAAGCCUCAAACGAACCACCAAAGAAACUGAUAUCGACUUAUGGCUUCAACUGGAUUGUCCAGUCGGUGUCAAACAAGAAAUCAGCGUCAACACUGGGAUUGGCUUUCUGGAUCAUAUGCUGGACGCACUUGCAAAACACUCAGGAAUGUCUCUUCGAUUGAAUUGUAAAGGGGAUCUUUUCAUUGAUGAUCAUCACACGACUGAAGACGUUGCGAUCGCACUUGGGCAGGCGUUUCACCAAGCUUUGUUCGGUCAAAAUGGUGAAGGAUUGAAGGGUAUUCGUCGGUUUGGGACUGGGUUCGCUCCUCUAGAUGAGGCACUAGCUAGAGUUGUUGUCGAUAUUUCCAACAGACCGUAUUGCUCAACUGAUUUGAAACUGAAACGAGAGAUGAUCGGCAAGCUUUCUUGUGAAAUGAUUCCCCACGUGUUCUACUCGUUCGCAAUGGGCGCUCAGAUCACACUUCAUGUCGAUGUGCUCAAGGGCGAGAAUGAUCAUCACAAAUCGGAGGCUAGUUUUAAGGCACUCGCACUCGCCCUCAAGCAGGCCAUAGAAAGAACUGGAUCCGAUGAAGUUCCAAGUACCAAAGGAACUCUAUCAGUCUAAAAUGACUCCCUCAUCAAAAGAGGCUCAUGUUUUAGUCCUGCAGAAACCAUACACACAACUCCAUUACCUCCCAGAUCUUGAAAGACGGCUUUUAUAUUUUCUCUUUCUUUUCUUUUUUUUUUUUGAAAAACAUGGAGUUUUUUUGGGGCCAAGCAGACACGCAAAUUGCUAUUAUGAAAUCGAGAUGUUUAUACGGGGAGCAGAGAUAAAGAGCACUCCAACUCUAACCGAUGCCAGCAAAUAAAUCUUGUGAGAGGUCUUUGGAAUUUUAGAUUCUCAGUUCCUUUCUAAAACCCAUUUCUGACCC